AUGGCUGACGAGGAAUACGUGAGUCUGCUCGAUCCGCCACAACCGCUUGCCACGAUGCUAACGAGUCGCAGAACGCUGAGGAGGCUGCCGGUAUGCGAUCACACACUGUCGUGCCCUUCGUCGUGGGCGUCGCAGAUGGAUAAAACCCUGUGGACAGGCCACCAAGGGGCGUUGGAAGGAGGACAUAUGCUGAUCAGAUAUUUGCAACAGAGCUGAAGAGAAAGAGAGCGUUCCGCAAGUUCUCUUACCGCGGCAUUGAUUUGGACGAGUGAGUACAACGGACAACAUACACUCUUUUCGCCAUGAGCUCUCUCGAGUUCUUUGGCUGACACAUUCCACCAGGCUCCUCGAUCUCUCCUCCGAGCAGCUCCGCGAUGUCGUUCACGCCCGCGCUCGCCGUCGGUUCAACCGUGGUCUCAAGCGCAAGCCCAUGGGUCUGAUCAAGAAGCUCCGCAAGGCCAAGCAGGAGGCCAAGCCCAACGAGAAGCCAGAUGUCGUUAGGACCCAUCUCCGCAACAUGAUCAUCGUCCCAGAGAUGAUUGGAUCGGUCGUCGGUGUCUACUCCGGCAAGGAGUUCAACCAGGUCGAAAUCAAGCCUGAGAUGGUCGGCCACUACCUCGGAGAGUUCUCCAUCUCAUAGUAUGUGUCACCUGUAGUCCUCCGUCGAACAUCGCUAACAGCCUUCCAGCAAGCCGGUCAAGCACGGUCGUCCAGGUAUCGGUGCUACCCACUCCUCGCGUUUCAUCCCAUUGAAGUAA